CUUGUUAAUACACAACUUCAACAAGUGGUCGUAAGUGGUGAUCUAAGACUCAAAGCCCGUCUCGUAUUGAAUGGCAGCUUCGCUCCGUCUUUGUUGUUUUCUUACUUUCGGCCUUGUGUUGUCCUCAACUUGCACUUCAUAAUGCCGGCUGCCGCGAACGGAUAGUGUUACUUUAAUGUAGUGGUUAUUUGUAGUCUUCUACUCACUUCCGUGUCUUUGGAGCUUAUAUUUGAACAACUUCAACAAGUUGGUGCAAGAAUGGUGUUACUCGUUGAAUCGGCUUGAUUAAAAAAUAAAAAUAAAUCUUGUUGCUUUCCCGUCGCCAAAACUUAUUUUAUUGACACUUGCUGUUCAAAUCAACUACAUACGGAAGUCUGACAGCUUCAUAACCUUCACAAUAAAAUACAGCCAUUUUUACACUGUAACUAUUAACUGAUAUUCCUUUAAAUGCCUUAUCAAAUUCUAUAUUCUAAAUGCUAGCUUGUAAAUCACAAUAACCAAAUACAAACAGUACAUUUCACACCGUCAAAAGUUAGCGAAAAAAAACGAGCAAGUGUUUUCAUUCUCCGGUCAUACUCUUGCUUUCUUUUUGACACGGCCGCGCGCUCACGGAACGCGCUCAUUCGGUACAGGUGUGCUGCAUGCUAACUAGCAUCGCUCAUGACAACAAGGGUCGUCUUCCACACUCUUCGACUUCUUGCGUGUUGUCGGGACCAUCUGGUUUAUAAGUCAUUUAACAAAGAGCAAGUUUCGAUACUUUGAAAAUAACAGAAGUGGAGGAAAAUGGCUAAAAGAUCGAGAUAAGGUGGCAUCUGGCUUCUGUGUUUGGUCGGACAGGUGGCGGCUAAUUUGUUAUUUUAAGCAACAAUGCAUGCAUGAUUUAGUAACAUGGCAGAUGCAGCCAGAGGGAAAUACACCAUGGAGGAGUUUUUCAAAACGAUAGGAGAGUUGAGAAGCCUCGUCCAAAAGAUCUCCUGCCAAGUGGAUGAAGUGGAGAAGAAACAGAGUGCCAUCCUAGCCUCAUCUAAUCCAGAUAAGAGUUGCAAAGACGAGCUGGAACUGCUGAACAACAAGAUCAAGACGGAUGCCAACUUAUUCCGAGCAAAGUUAAAGCCAUUGCAGGAUGGUUUCCCAGUAGACGGCAGUGGCGAUGGUGUCUCUGUGAUGCAGCGCAUUAAGAAGAAUCAGCAUGCACACCUGACUCGCUGCUUUGCUGAGGUCAUGACGGGUCACCAUAAGACACAGGUGGCCUUCAGAGAGAAAUGCAAAGCCCACAUUCAAAGACAACUGCAGAUUGUGGACAAAGUGACCACUGAUGAAGAAUUGGAGGAGAUGCUCAACUGCGACAAUGUGACCAUUUUCAUAUCUGAUAUCUGCUCGCAUGCUCGUAUUUCGAGCGAGGCGCUGAGCGAGAUCGAGUCUCGUCAUGAGGACAUUGUGCGCCUGGAGGCAAGCAUCAGAGAGCUGCACGAGAUCUUAUGUGACACAGCCAUGCUGCUGGAGAUUCAAGGGGAGCUAAUGAACAGCAUAGAAAAGAACGUGGCGUUGGCUUCAGAGUAUGUGGACGUGUCGAAAGCAGAGACGCACAAGGCGGUGACAUACAAGAAGAACCCACACAAGAUAGUGUCUAUGCCCAGGUUCUUUAAGUCCUUCAGGAGGCAAACACCUGCCAAAGCAUCCCCAGGUCCUACACCUGGACCAUAUGGACACAACCCCUGAUGCUCUCUGAACUUUGGGGGGGAGGACUAUUAUUUGUACUUUGCUAGAAGUAGAUUUUGUGUACUCCUGUUCACUAAUACACACGACCAAAAACACUGCAUCCUUGGCCAAAAUAUCAGUGGAGCUUGUGGCUUGCGUUACCUUUUACUGACCAACAGGUGGCGGUCGAAGACUGGCACUAAUGCGAGGCCUCGUCACCUGCUGACUGGUGUGUUCACCGUAUGCUUCCCGGUUGUCAUGCAAAGUGUGAUCCACCUCAACAAAUAAACUAACGGCCUG